UGGAUGGUCUGAUAAUGCCACGCCGGCAGAUGACUGGGAGGCGCGUCUGAGAGCGAGUGGGGGUAGGUAGGGGGUGUCCAAAAGGGGAAAAAAUGCAUGCAUGGUACCAUAAGAGCUCAAAAAGGUGCUUGGGCACUUGGGGAAAGGUGCUCUAGUCCACAAACCCUAGUGCCCGUUUUGAAUCAAAUUAGCAAUUCUUCUCAUUCUCUCUCUUUCCUCUUUCUCUCUCUUUCUUCCUUUUGAUUCUCUUGGUUCUGGUUUGAUUUUUGCUCGAGGCGUUGGAUUUUUUUAGCGAAAGCUCAGCCAUAACACUGUUAAUUUGACUUCAUGGAGCAGGAGAUUUACCCGGGCGGAUUUAGUCUAAAAACCAAGAAAGACCUGUUGAACUACCUGAUCAAGAACAAAGUGGUGAAAUCAUCUGACGUGGCAAGAGUAUUGGACACCGUGGACCGGGCUCUGUUCGUCCCCGAGGGCACACCACCGUAUGUCGACAGCCAUCUCCCUAUUGGCUAUGGUGCUGCCACGUAUGCACCCUACCAAAACGGCAUUUGCCUCGAGUUGCUUCGUGACCAUUUGAAGCCCGGCAUGCGCGCUCUCGACAUCGGCUCAGGGACGGGAUAUUUGACUGCAUGCUUUGCCAUUAUGGUGGGACCGAACGGGCGUGUUGUCGGUGUCGAUAAAGUUCCGGAGUUGGUUGAGUUUUCGGUUGAAAAUAUCGAGAAGAGUGAGGCGGCACCACUGCUUAGACAAGGCUCACUCUCACUUCAUGUUGGUGAGGGGAAGAUGGGAUGGAAAAAAUGUGGGCCGUACGAUGCGAUACAUGUUGGGUAUGUUGCACAGAAGAUAUUUCCGGGGCUGAUUAAGCAGUUGAAGCGCGGCGGUAGAUUGGUGAUUCCGGUGGGAGAGGGCGGCUCGGUGAGCCUGACGGUGGUGGACAAGAAUUCCAACGGGGCUGUAACUGUAGUGAGCGAAACUACUGUCGUUCGAGCUCACACAGAUGGAAGAAGAAUCACGAUUUCACCGUGAUGUAGUGGUCGAUUCCGGAGGUGUUUUUGAUUGUCAGUGCUAUGUUUGCUGCAAAGAAUUACUCCUUUUGUCUUGGAUAUCUAUCACCUUUUGCUUGUCUGUAUAAUUAAUUGCAGAACAAUUAUGUUAAGAGACUGAUUUGGGAUUGUGAAUUCUUGUGCUAGAUUUUAUCUUUUCGUAUUUA